GUGCGCACAUCCUGACCGACUCAGCAGGAAGGUGGAUUUUCUUUGUGUUUAAAGAAAAAAAAUGUCCCCGUGUCUGUAGAGAUGAUUUGCAGUUCAGCCCGGCUGAAGCUGACCGAAUGAGACUAUGGGCUGUGCCUCUGCCAAGCAUGUUGCCACUGUUCAAAAUGAAGAGGAAGCCCAGAAAGGGAAGAACUACCAGAACGGAGAUGUGUUUGGCGACGAGUAUAGGAUCAAACCGGUGGAAGAGGUCAAGUACAUGAAAAAUGGGGCAGAAGAGGAGCAGAAAAUAGCAGCCAGGAACCAAGAAAACUUGGAAAAAAGUGCCAGUUCAAAUGUAAGACUUAAAACUAAUAAAGAGAUUCCAGGAUUAGUUCAUCAACCCAGAGCAAACAUGCACAUCUCUGAAAGCCAACAAGAAUUCUUCAGAAUGCUGGAUGAGAAAAUUGAAAAGGGUCGAGAUUACUGUUCCGAAGAAGAGGAUAUCACAUAGCACCCAUCCUACCACUGAAACCAGGAGCUACUACUGUGUAAAUAGGUUACACCCCAGUUGAAAUUUUUGCAAAGGUCGGUUCUCUCUUCAGCGAACAGCACUAUAGCGAAAAGAAGAUCGUUCCAUAUCGUAUGCCCCAUUAAAUUACAGUGUUUCUUAAUGAACUUGCAAAGGAAUAUUGCUAAAAACACACAGACACACACACACACAAAAACUGUUCUCGAACUUUCUUUGUUGCUGCUAGUUAAAACUUGUUGCAACUUCUCACUUCUCUUGUGUCCAGGUAUGCAGCAAAAUUCUGCAUUUUCACCUUAAAGAUCCUGUCGGUUUUCCAGAUGCUCUCCAAACGAUUUUCUAUAUAAGAUGAGGUAGUGGUGAACUCAGACAUCCAACUUCUGUCGUAGAACUGUUCUGCUUCUAAGACAAGCAUCUCCUUCCCUCCCUCCUCCCUCUCUGUCUCUCCCGAGCGGUCCAGAGCCUUGCUUCCCACUGCCAGUGCUGCGCUUUGGAGACAGGAUGGUUGCUAUGGCAAGCCUGGUUUCUCUGCUAAGAAGAGGUAGAGAAGCCAUUACCCAUUAAGAGCAUGUGGGGACGGGACUGCCGGAGUGACGUAGGCGCGAGCGGCAGGUGGUUUCCUUGACGAGGUGUCUUCAUCAAGGAUUAAGCUUGCAACAUUAGCUUUGCUCAGAAGCAGUUGGAAGUGUGAUCACAAUCAUUUUGAAUCCCUCUUCCCCACUUUUUUUUCUAAGAAAAUAAACAUUUUACUGUUUUUAUGUA